AAGUAUAAAUAACGAGUUAUUUAUGAAGUGUGUGAUUUAUUGAAUGUGGCAAACAUCACUUUGUUAUCGAAUAGGAAGUGAAGGAAACUAACCAACCAGGGACACGGAACGUGUCAUGCGCAGCAGCGCUUGUGAUGGCAGUAUGGCGCGCGUGAAGGUGAACGAGCGCACAAACGUCAGUAACCAGUAGUCGUCCCCUUCCGCCGGGUUUCACCAAAGAGCGACGGGACGUCCUCUCAGCCUACAGUUCGUCCCUCUGCCCAGCGGUCAUGACCAGCCUGUCCAGCUACGCGGUGCGCAUGGCCCGGCUGAGCGCACAGAUCUUCGGUGGUGUGGUGCGUCCGACGGACUCCAGGUCCAUGAAGGUGGUCCAGCUCUUCCAGGAGCCUCCCAUGGCCAAGAAGAAGGAGGUGUUCGACUGGUACCCGCAGCACAAGGUUUACUACUCCAUGACCCAGAAGCUCCGGUUCAUGGGGCUGUUCAGAGACGAGCAUGAGGACUUCAAGGAGGAGAUGCGCCGUCUGAGGAAACUGAGAGGAAAAGGGAAACCGAAGAAAGGAGAAGGAAAGAGAGCGGCCAAGAAGAAAUGAGCUGCUUUCUUUUCUUCCCGAAUGCAGGCUGACAGGAUGGAACUGUGUACAUUCUGUUUCAUGCGAUCCUCAAGGAGGGACAGGAAGGACUUGUUGCUACUUGAUGGUCUACUGUGGCCAGACCCCCCCGACGAGGCAGAAACGAGAAGACGCAGAGUGUCACCACAGACCCGAAACAAAAACUAAUAAUCAUCCCCACACGUAAUGGACAUAAGAUUCAAAAUGUCAAUAAAGAUGGUCUGGUACCUCUA